AUGUCGAACCCCCGCGUUGAAGAACUUCCCGACGAGGAGCCCAAGAAGACCACCGUCCAGGAGCACGAGGAUGACUCCAGCGACGACUCCGAGGUCGAGGAGGUCGGUGAGGGCCAGCUCCCCGCUGGUUCUACUGUGAUCCACAACCGCAACGAGAAGAAGGCUCGCAAGGCCCUCGAGAAGCUGCACCUCACCCGCAUCCCUGGCAUCACCCGUGUCACUCUCCGCCGACCUAAGAACGUGAGUGCCGGCGGAUUCUUUGAAGAGAUCCUCUUCGUCAUCAACAACCCCGAGGUCUACAAGUCUCCCAACAGCAACACCUACAUUGUUUUCGGUGAGGCCAAGAUCGAGGAUACGAACGCCGCUGCUCAACAAGCUGCUGCUGCUCAGCUCGCCUCCGCCAACGCUGAGGACCACUCUGGCCACAACCACGGUGAGCCCAGCAAGGCUGCCGAGACCGCUGAGGAGAAGAAUGGCAAGGACGAGGAUGAAGAGGAGGAGGAGGAUGAUGGCGAGGAGGUCGAUGCUUCCGGACUCGAGGAUAAGGAUAUUGAGCUUGUCAUGACCCAGGCCAACGUCAGCCGCAACAAGGCCGUCAAGGCGUUGAAGGAGAACGACAACGAUAUCGUCAAUUCCAUCAUGGCUCUAAGUAUCUAA